AUGUAUUUCUGUUUUUCUAGUCUAUUUCUUUUUAUAAGCUCCGUCGUUAUUUUUCUUACUUUAUAUUUCUUUCACUUUCUUUCUCUCACUUUUUCUUUCUUUCUUUCUUUCUUUCUUUCUUUCUUACUCUCACUUUCUCACUGUCACUUUCUCUUUCUUUCCCACUCUCACUUUCUCAAUCACUUUUUCUUUCUUUCUCACACUUUUCUUUUCUCUUACUCUCAUAUUUUCUUUUUUCUUACUCUCACAUUUUUUUCUUACUCUCAUUUUUUAUUUUUCUUCUCUAACUUUUUCCUUCUUUCUAUCUUUCUCUCACUUUUUAUUUUUUCAAUCUUUUCCUCACUUUUUCUCUCAUUCUCUCACUUUUUUCUUUCUUUCAAUUUUUCUCUCAUUUUUUCUUUCUUGCUAUUGUGUCUUAUUUGUCUCAUCCUUCUUCUUCCCUUCACUUCAUUUUGCUUUCUUUUUCUCCUAUCUUAUUUGAAUUAUAGCCUAUCCCUAGAAUUCUCAGUCUGUCUGCCUGCAAAGCAAUUGAUUGUCACUCCUGCAGACUCUUUCACUGUUAGACUUUCAUCCAUUAAUGGACAGAUAUUUAUAUUGCAAAAACUUGACUCAUUUGCUUCACUUGAGCAAAACAAUUUCUUGAUAAUAAUUAUUUAUCCAAAACUCUUGAUCCAAACCAGUUAG